CUGAGACUUGAAAGGACACAGCGGAAAGUGUCGUGUGGCAUGCUGAAAUUUUGUUUUAAGUAGUGCAGUAUAAAAUAGGUAACGAGCUACAUUGAAGUGAUGUCAGAACACGUUUUACCGGCCGAAGAGCCGAUACGCUUCGUGGCUCCGAUUAUUCAAGAUAAUCCGACAGGAUGGGGGCCCUGCGAAAUGCCGGAACAGUUUAGGGACAUGCCCUACCAGCCAUUUAGCAAAGGCGACCGCUUGGGAAAGAUUAGUGAUUGGACUGUCGUGCAAGACAAAAAGUAUCAGAAUAAGUAUGCGUCUCAAUUUGGUGCUGGUUCGUCAUACGCAUACUUCCACGAUGAAGACGAAAGUACGUUCCAUCUGGUGGACUCGACAAGAGAGCAAAAGCCGCCAUACCAACGCGGCCGCGCUCGUGGACAACGCAGCCGUGGUGCGAGAGGCGCUCGUACUCCGGGUGGCAUGACUACCCUGAAUAAGCAACGAGACCGCAAACUCGGUAAGAGAUGGGGCCCAAGAGGAGCUCCUAUGAAAAUUCGUGAUGCUUCUGUUACUGUAAGACCAACCUGGGUCACAAUUGAAGAUAUGGACUUCCCACGGCUGGCUAAGCUAUCUCUGCCUGGAAUUAAAGAAGGUGAGGAUAUUGUGUGCAGCGGCACCUUGGAAUAUUAUGACAAGGGCUAUGAUCGCGUCAAUGUGAAGCAUGAGAAGCCUCUGCAGCGUAUUGACCGUAUCUUCCAUACUGUCACUACCACGGAUGAUCCCGUAAUACGUCGCCUAAGUAAGACUACUGGCACUGUAUAUGCUACAGAUGCCAUUUUGGCCACUAUUAUGUGCUGCACUCGCUCUAACUAUUCAUGGGACAUAGUGAUUGAAAAAAUUGGUGAUAAGCUGUUUCUGGACAAGCGUGACAACACCGAGUUUGACUUACUCACUGUUAAUGAAACUUCGGUGGAGCCGCCAGCUGAUGAUGGAAACUCAAUCAACUCUCCGCGCAACCUCGCAUUGGAAGCAACCUUCAUCAAUCAUAACUUCAGCCAGCAGGUUUUGAAGUCAGGUCCAAAUGAGCCCAAGUAUAAGUUCCCAGAAGCUAACCCAUUUGUUUCUGAGGAGGAAGAAGGAGAGGUGGCAUCGGUUGGAUACCGUUACCGCAAGUGGAACCUCAAUAAUGGUGUUGUACUAGUUGCGCGCUGCGAGCAUGACGCUGUAAUGCAAGGGCCUCAGAACGAGACACAGUUCCUCAGUAUCAAGGCACUCAAUGAAUGGGACUCGAAGCUCGCCAAUGGAGUGGAGUGGCGCCAGAAACUCGACACCCAGCGCGGAGCCGUGCUCGCCAAUGAGUUGAGGAACAACUCGUGCAAGCUUGCCAAGUGGACAGUACAGGCUUUGCUGGCUGGCUCCGACCAGAUCAAGUUCGGUUACGUGUCUCGUGCGCAAGUACGUGACAACUCCCGUCACGUGAUCCUUGGCACGCAACAGUUCAAGCCGCACGAAUUCGCAGCGCAGAUCAACCUUUCCAUGGAUAACGCCUGGGGUAUCCUUCGUUGUAUCAUCGACAUUUGCAUGAAGCAGAAAGAUGGUAAAUACUUGAUCAUGAAAGAUCCGAACAAGCCUUUGAUUCGUCUGUACGACAUUCCGGAUAAUACAUUCGAGUCGGACGGUUCCGAAGAGAGUGGAGAUGAACCCGCGGACACGCCUUUUGCGCCGCUGUACUCUUACGGGAACAACAAGAGGAUUUAGUACUCUAUAUUGGUACAACUUCAACUUCUUUAGCCCUUCAUCAGUAAUCAGUAUGUAUUACAUAUUUUUAUUCAGAAAAUACAAUCUUUUGGUCA